GGCAGGCAGGCAUGCAUGCCCUUGGCGCAGUGGAGGAAGCGUCCACAACACUUUUCUGUAUGUCGUCCUCCGCGAACGACAUCUUGGAUUCCACACAUGGGCCACAGCGCAUGAUGCUAUUAGUGUGAACCGCAUUGAUUGCUUUUUGGGGUAGCAUCGAUCGAGGGCUCGACAAGUUACGUACUUGGAAGGCAACGACAAAACGCCUCGAUGUCGAAAAUAGCCUGGCCAACUGGUCACCAUCAUCCCAGUACGGGUUUGAAUGCACGUUGGUGUCGACACUAGAAUCGCUGCCAUGAACCAGAGCGAAGAAAAGUGGGGCCAUCGUCGGAAUGUGUCCGCCGCCGCCACCAAGUCCACUGGCACCACCAAAUUCGACUCGAUGAUGGCCGAAGUCGACGACAUCCAUGAAUGCGAUGCCAAGGCCAUUGACGAUCGUUUCACCAAACAACUGCGCUUGGCUCGCGCGGCCAUCCGAGAGAAGCCCACCGACGAAGACAAUGGCAGCGACGACCAGUCGGACGAUGAAGUGACCACGGCAAGAGUGUCCCAUGCUGCCAAGAAAGGGGCGUUCGACGUUGCACGGAGCACUGUUCCUGAGAUCAGCAUCGACUUGAACGCGUUGCGCAGCUUUGUGACCCGCGCGCCAGCAAACGACUCGAAAAUGGUGCAGUGCUAUGUCGAACGAGACAAGAGCGGCGUCAACAUGAUGCGCCCUGUGUACCGCCUCUUUCUCGAAGAUGGGAAGCAGUUUUUGCUGGGGGCGCAGAAACGAAUCCAUAACAAAACGUCGAACUACCUCUUGUCCAUGGACCGAAACCCUACCGACCGACGCAGUGGACUCAUCGUGGGCAAACUCCGCGGCAACUGGUCGGGGGCGUCGUAUACCAUGUACGACCAAGGGUUGAACCCGUUGAAAACGUCGCUCGCGUCCAACGUCCGAUGCAUUCUCGGCGUGGUCGAGUUCACGUACGACAAGAUGGGACCAGGACGUAUGGCCAUUCGCAUCCCGCCCGUGAAUGCCGCGGGCGUGGCGACUCCAUUGAAGGACAAGCCAACGGCGGGCGAGGACGGCGCAAAGGGGGGCGACGCGAGCGGCUGUGGCGACAACGACGACAACGACCACGUCCCCCUUCUUCCCGUGAAAAUGCACAACAAGCGCCCCAAGUACGACGAAAAGGCGCGGGGCCACGUGCUCAACUUCAACGGGCGGGUGACCAUGUCAAGCGUCAAGAACUUCCAGCUGCAGCGCGACGGCGAAGACAACACCUCGGACGUGGUUAUGCAGUUUGGUCGCGUGUCGUGCCAGCCGCCAGGGCCGAACGAGCAGUGCUCGUGCCACAAGCACAUUUUUAAUUUAGACUACAAGCAUCCGCUCUCGGCUGUGCAAGCGUUCGCCGUGUGCUUGGCGGCCAUGGAUGGCAAGUUGGCCGACCACAAGACGUUUGAAACGCUCAGCGACUUGGCCAAGCGAAAGUAGAACUAGCACACCAACGAGAAUACUUAUAUAUACAUAUUCGUGUCGAUGGC